AUUCUUACAUGUCCUCUAUUUUCUUGUCUCUUCGGCCUUGCUGCAGCGCGGAGACCGCCAAUAUCUUCACCAUUUCAAGCACAGCUUUCCGGCCAUAAGUAGUCUGGGACACGGCAGGCCCAUCGGCACCUUCAAGCGGAGUAUGAACGUUACUGUGUCCGCCACUGUUUCUCACGCUUGCUCACUGUCUGCAACAGCGCCAAGGAUUUACCUCUAUGGACGCUGGGAGCCUUUUAGGUGCUAUGAAGUAACACACCGCACACUGUCAGUAUCAUGGCUGCCCCCGAUAACCAAGGGCAUCUCUGAAAUGACUGGUCUGGGUGCAAGUCUGUGCAUACUUUGGGUUUUGUCCGGAUUGGCCAAAACUCUGGCAUUCACCAAUAACCGACUGACGUCGCUAUAUCACCGGAACAUGAACAUGCGGCAUUCCAACGGAUGUUGUGCGGCAGUUGCGAGCGCAUUGGCGAGAUUGAUUGGCAUGGCCGUUUUCGAAAUUGGGCCGUUAUCGAGUCUGCCUCCGUCUACUAUUGGUCUACUAUGUUCUCAACUUGAAGGUCACUGCGUCUAGCUCUUGGGGUGCUUCAAUCAUCAUUUGUUCGCUUCUGGGUUCAGGUCCUUCAAAUUGCUGUACCGGAACAGAACCAUUCCUAGACCGGAUUGAUGGUUUCGUUCAGGGUUC